AUGGAUGGGUCGGCGGAGUCCGGUUGGACUGUGUAUUUGGAGAAUUCUUCUUCUUCUUCUUCUUCUUCUUCUUUUUUGUUCACUCCAACAAUUCGUGAUUCUUUUGGUGUUCUUCAUAAAGAUGAACAUGAACUGGAUUUGUCUAUGGUUUCUGAUGCCUCUUCUGGGCCUCCAAUUUUCCCGGAAAAUGAUGUUAUUUUCCCGGAAAAUGAAGCUAUUUUCCCGGAAAAUGAAGCUAUUUUCCCGGAAAAUGAAACUGGCUCGAAAACUAGCCGCAAAAUGAAGGGUUGUGAGGAACGACGGCGGCGCCGUGAUCGGAUGGAGAAAACGACGUCGUUUCUCGAUGACACUGCUAGCUCUGAUCCCAAUUUCAAUAAUUCGGAGAGUUCAUCCUACCAAAGCCAAUUUAACACAAUUAGACAAUCAUCUCCAUCUCGAAAUCAAAGGCAAAAGAAUCAGUGGUUUAAAGGGAAGAGAUGAUGGCUCCGUUAAACACGAUACAACAAUGAUAUGAUAUUAGCUCUCAUAGCUUUGUUUUGAGCUUC